AUGCCGCCUUCGAGAAAGCACAGGCCAGAUGCACAGUGGGACGAAUCAUCCUCCACGCUCCUUCCGCGUCCAAGAGGCCGUCCUCACGCCGCAGCAGCAAACGUAUCACUCAGCUCCACCCUCGGCGCACCCACACCUGCCCGGCCAUCAUCACGCAGAGAUAUGGCAGACUACUCGAUCGUCUCCACCUUGGCUUCCUCGACGCCAGCAGCUGCUCCCGCCAGGAAGCGCGGUCGUCCACCCAAACAUGCGCUCACCACACCGUCUAUGAUGGCACUGGCUUCGGCAGAUACGAGCAUUGCGUCCACGUCGUACGGUGCUGCAGCGCCUCGACCGCGUGGUCGUCCACCCAAGUCGAUCCUCUCCACUCCAGGUAGUCGCACUCUCGCAUCGCCACCAAACAGCGUUUCGUUCUCUGACCAGUCGAAACGUCGAGGUCGUCCACCUAAGAAAUCUGCCGCUGCCGCCGACGCAUCAAUGUCAACUGCUCAGGGUAAACGUCGCGGUCGACCUCCCGGAAGCGUCAACAAGCCCAAACAGCCGCCACUCGGGUUGCCAAAGGGCCGACCAUCCCAAGCACCACGCUAUUCGAGACCUGAUCAAGAUCCAGACUCCGCCUCGGACGUGUCGCUCAUCGACGGUGCCUCUGCGACAGACGACGACUCGGCAUCCCAGUCCGCCGACGAAGAUGACGACGAACAAGCCCUCUCGUCGGAAGACGAAGCGCGACAACGCAACAGCUCUCGUAAGAAAGCCAAGCGCAAAGGCUGGCCCAGCGAGAGGGAACGACUGCGUAAAUGGCGCAGGCUCAGUGUGGAAGAGCGCGAAUGCGUCACAUCCGAAGGCGGUCUGAUCUGGCGUACUGCCAUCCCGCUCCUCAACUCGAUGCCCAAAAAUAUUCGCUCUAUGGUCGCUGACAGCCUCACGCGCGCUCUCAACCGCAUCGACGCCAAACUCGAGUCCGGCCUCGUACCCCCCCUCGCUCGCCUCCCGCAAGGCUCGCUGACCGCCUCGACCGCUGCCGCUUCGACCGCCACCCGCCGGGACCUGGCCAGCAGCAUGCUCUCCUGGCGCCUCGAGGAGGAAGGUUCCCUCCUCCGUGCUGAAAAUCCCGACCAGCCCAACACAUCGUCGAACUCUCCAAGACCCUAG